UCCGGUGUUUCCUCAGUCGGAGGAACACAAGGGUCGAGUUGUCUUCUUAUAUUUACAUUUUCUUCAGACCGCAAAGGAUUAACCCCGUACCUUCAUGGAGAAUUACUGAAAUUUACCGGAUAAGCUCUAUUUAGACAGAUUGCCUGAGCCUCCAGAGUUCAUCUCUCUGCCACAAUGAGUUGGGGGGCGCUCUAUGCCCAGCUGGGAGGGGUCAACAAACACUCCACCAGCCUUGGAAAAAUUUGGCUGUCUGUUCUGUUCAUUUUCCGGAUCACUAUUCUGGUUCUGGCUGCAGAGAGUGUCUGGGGUGAUGAGCAGUCUGACUUCACAUGCAACACACAGCAGCCCGGCUGCAAGAACGUCUGCUACGACCACUUCUUCCCUGUUUCACACAUUCGUAUGUGGUGCCUGCAGCUUAUAUUUGUCUCCACCCCUGCUCUGUUGGUGGCGAUGCAUGUUGCGUACAGGAAACGUGGAGACAAGAGGACCAUGCUGGCCUCCAACGGCACAGAGAAGAUGACAGAAAUCGACCUGGAGACGUUGAAGAAAAGGCGUCUUCCCAUCACAGGCCCUCUGUGGUGGACCUACACCUGCAGCUUGUUCUUCCGCCUCAUCUUCGAGGGUGGGUUCAUGUACGCUCUCUACUUUGUGUAUGAUGGCUUCAAGAUGCCCCGGCUGGUGAAGUGUGAGCAGUGGCCUUGUCCCAACAAGGUGGACUGCUUCAUCUCCAGGCCAACGGAGAAAACCAUCUUCACCAUCUUCAUGGUAGCCUCGUCGGCCAUCUGCAUGGUGCUGAAUGUGGCUGAGCUGUGCUACCUCAUCAUCAAGGCGCUCAUGAGGUGUUCAGACAGAGCCAAGAAGAGGAAACACCUUUACACCCACUCAGACAGCGGGACCAGGGAUAACUCCCUCCUACAGAACAAGAAGAAUGAGAUGCUGCUGUCUUCCUCUGCAGAUUCAUCCAGUAACAAGACCAUGUGUUGAGAGAUAUCCAUCAGUGGUGAAGUGGUUCCAUAAACUGUAAAUUCAACCAACCUAGAGUUUGGUAAAUAACCUGAACAUGAGCUUCCACAAGCUUUGUCUCAUGGGAAGGUGAAACAGCUUCUGAAACAGGUUUUAAACUGUGGGAAGUUGAACUUAGCACAAGAAGAAUGAAUUUCACCCAAUCAGAAGCUUCUAUAGUUGAGUGAGCUGCCUUCUAGAGUAGAUUUAUAUUUAAAGAAAUCAUCGUACUUAACUUUGCUGCUGAAUGCAGUGUGAUGCUCCAUGCUAAUAGAGGCUAUGAAUCAUCAUCUAUGAAUCAUAGUAUAAUUAAAACUGUAGUGAAACUGCCAUCAGUGAUUUUUAAUUUGACAGCCUUUUUAUUUUUAGAAGUGAAUGCUGUACAUAUAGUAGUGUCAGUGCAUCUGUGGACCACUAACACUUCAUAUCAAAGAUAUUGAUCAUGUAUUUGCAUAAUCCUUAAAGGAGUGAUAUUUUGCUUUUUUUUUUUUUUUUAAAUGGAAUUAUUCAUUUUAAAACUU